AUGACAAUUUUUCGUGAAAAACCAUCUAAUGUUAACGAUCAAUCAACUCCUUUAGAACAUUUCAAAGUCAUAGAUAAACAAUCAGUAGAAUAUGUCAUAAGAUCAGGAAUAGCCGGAGGUAUAGCAGGAAGUGCAGCCAAAACAUUAAUUGCACCAUUAGAUCGUAUCAAAAUCUUAUUUCAAACUUCAAAUCCUGAAUUUUUAAAAUAUAGAGGAAAAUUUUCAGGUUUAUUUAAAGCAUCUAAUAAAAUUUGGAUGACUGAUGGAUUUUGGGGGUUAUAUCAAGGUCAUUCCGUUACAUUAUUAAGAAUCUUUCCCUAUGCUGCCAUUAAAUUCGUUGCUUAUGAACAAAUUAGAACCAUGUUAAUUCCUAAUGAUCUUUAUGAAACUGCCGCAAGACGAUUUUUAGCAGGAUCUUUAUCAGGUUUAGCAUCAGUAUUUUUAACUUAUCCCCUUGAUUUAGUAAGAGUUAGAAUGGCAUUUGAAACUAGAAAUUUACAACAUCAAUAUACUCAUCCUCAACAUCAAUAUUAUGUCACUCAUCAUAAAGGUCGAGUAAUUUCAACCAUUCAUACCAUUUUUAAAGAAAAACCAAUUCAUAAGUUAAAUGAUCCAAAUUGGUUAAAAUUUCAAAGACAAAUUUUACCUCCUUAUUUAUUAUCAAUUUCAAAUUUUUAUAGAGGAUUUGCUCCAACUAUUCUUGGUAUGAUUCCUUAUGCUGGAGUAUCAUUUUAUACUCAUGAUUUAAUUCAUGAUGUAUUUAGAUCAAAAUAUCUUGCUAAAUAUACCGUUCAAGAUUAUCAAUUAAAUUCAAAUACCAUAGUUAAAUCAAAGGGAGGUAAAGAAAUAAAUAGUCAUGAUUCAAGAGUUCCCUUGAAAGCUUAUGCUCAAUUAAUUGCUGGUGGAUUAGCUGGAUUAUGUUCUCAAACUGCUGCUUAUCCAUUUGAAGUUAUAAGAAGAAGAAUGCAAGUUGGUGGGGCUAUAAAUCAAGGUCAAUUCUUAUCAUUCAGAUCCACAGCUCAAUUAAUCUUUCGUGAAAAUGGGUUGAAUGGAUUCUUUGUUGGUUUAACCAUUGGAUAUAUUAAAGUUAUCCCAAUGGUGGCUUGUUCCUUCUAUGUUUAUGAAAGAUCUAAAAUUGCUCUUGGUAUUUAG